CUAGGUUUAGGCAGGCGGCUUUCCUUGCAGCCUGCCCUGCCGGAGUGGAUUGCGUCUCCGCCCAGCUGGCCGAGGCAUUUAUCCUGUUCCUGAAUGUUCGCAGAGAUAAGGAUAAGGCGCAGGAAGGUUUUCAUUCCCGGCGAAGAAGCUCUGCGGAACUGUGGUUUUCCGGAACUGGAUAGUUGCUUCCCGGCGGAGCUCUAAGAGGCAGCACCCCGGGGCAAGAUGGCGGUCGAGCCUCGGCCGCUGCCCCGGGUCUGGCAGAUCUCGGGGGUGUUGGGCUGAGGCGGCGGUAGCUGUGGCCCCGACCACGAGCGCUGGGGCCUCGAAAGGAUAAAGGUCUACACCCUGCGGGCCUUUGUAAGUGGACUGAUGGCUGGGUGUAAAAGGAUUGUUAUUGUGGUUGUUGAUGCCGAGAAAAGACGCCGGGCCGCAGGAGUCACCCAUAUCGGAAUUCGAACACUAUUCACUCGCUGUGUGACCUUGGGUGCCCGCCAUCAGGCAUGCAUUCAGGACAAGGAUCCAUCAUCUAUCCUGAUGGCGGAAGGGCAGAAAAGCCUGAUAUUUUCUUUACCCUACAGACAGACAAGUUUCUCUGAGUCAAGGAGCUGCCCUGUGCUGAGCCCUGUGCAGGACCACUAAUGAUCACCUCGCAUUUCUGCAACACGGGCAGGUCCUCAGGGUUUGUGCAAGUUUGCAAACAUGUUCACCGUUUCUCAGACGUCGAGAGCGUGGUUCAUUGAUAGGGCCCGUCAGGCUCGAGAGGAAAGGCUUGUGCAGAAGGAGCGGGAGCGGGCAGCUGUGGAGAUUCAGGCCCAUGUCCGGAGUUUCCUUUGUCGGAGUCGCCUGCAGAAAGAGAUCAGGAGAGAGAUCGAUGAAUAUUUUAAAGCAGGUGAUGCUGAGUCCAGUAAAAGAAGCGCACUUUCUGUUUUUAAGAUUGCCAGGAAACUGCUGUUCUUGUUCAGAAUCAAAGAAGAUAAUGAGAGAUUUGAGAAGCUGUGUCGCUGCAUCCUAAGCAGCAUGGAUAUUGAGAAUGAACCCAAGGUGUGGUAUGUGUCCCUCGCUCUUUCCAAGGAUCUCAUGCUCCUGUGGGUUAAACAGAUCAAGGACAUUCUGUGGUAUUGCUGUCAGUUUCUUGAGCAGCUCAAGCCUGAAAUCUUACAAGACUCCAGACUUGUCACACUGUACCUCACAAUGCUUGUCACCUUCACAGACACUUCAACCUGGAAAAUUCUCCGGGGAAAAGGUGAGAGUCUCCGACCAGCCAUGAACCACAUUUGUGCUAAUAUAAUGGGACAUCUCAACCAGCAUGGAUUUUAUUCUGUGCUGCAGAUAUUGUUAACCCGUGGCCUGGCAAGACCCCGGCCUUGUCUGUCCAAAGGCACUUUAACCGCAGCCUUCUCGCUAGCAUUGCGCCCUGUGAUUGCUGCACAAUUUUCAGACAAUCUGAUUCGGCCAUUUCUCAUCCACAUCAUGUCCGUGCCUGCUCUUGUGACUCAUCUCAGCACGGUGACCCCUGAGCGCCUCACUGUUUUAGAAUCUCACGACAUGCUUCGUAAAUUCAUCACAUUUUUGAGAAAUGAAGAUAGAUGCCGAGAUGUGUGUGAAAGUUUAGAAGGAUGCCACACCCUUUGUCUGAUGGGCAACCUCCUGUCCUUGGGCUCCCUCAGCCCCAGGGUGCUGGAGGAGGAGACAGAUGGGUUUGUGAGUCUGCUGACCCAGAUGCUGUGCUACUGUCAGAAGUAUGUGUCCCAGAAGAAAUCCAACCUGACCCACUGGCACCCUGUCCUGGGCUGGUUCUCCCAAUCCGUAGACUAUGGCCUCAACGAGUCAAUGCCCUUGAUCACCAAACAGCUGCAGUUCCUGUGGGGUGUGCCUCUGAUCCGGAUCUUCUUCAGUGACAUCCUGAGCAAGAAGCUGCUGGAGAACCAGGAACCGGCCCACGUGCAACCAGUGUCCCCACAGAACGUGCUUCCCGUGAAAAAUCUCCUGAAGCGUGCGUUUCAGAAGUCUGCAUCGGUUCGGAAUAUUCUCAGGCCUGUUGGGGGGAAGCGCGUGGACUCUGCAGAGGUCCAGAAGGUCUGCAACAUCUGUGUCCUCUACCAGACCUCGCUGACCACCCUCACCCAGAUCCGGUUACAGAUACUUACAGGUCUCACUUACCUGGAUGACCUGCUCCCCAAACUGUGGGCAUUUAUCUGUGAGCUGGGGCCCCAUGGGGGGUUAAAGCUCUUUUUGGAAUGCCUCAACAAUGACACUGAAGACUCCAAGCAGCUCUUGGCCAUGCUGAUGCUGUUCUGUGACUGCUCCCGGCACCUCGUCACGAUCCUUGAUGACAUUGAAGUUUAUGAAGAGCAAAUUUCGUUCAAACUGGAAGAAUUGGUCACCAUCUCCUCUUUUCUGAAUUCCUUUGUGUUUAAAAUGAUCUGGGAUGGAAUUGUAGAGAAUGCCAAGGGAGAGACCCUGGAGCUGUUCCAGUCUGUCCACGGCUGGCUGAUGGUGCUCUACGAGCGGGACUGCCGCCGGCGCUUUGCUCCUGAGGACCACUGGCUGCGAAAAGAUCUCAAACCUAGUGUGCUCUUCCAAGAACUUGACAAGGAUAGAAAACGGGCGCAGCUGAUCCUGCAGUACAUCCCUCACGUCAUUCCUCAUAAAAACAGAGUGCUCCUGUUCCGAAACAUGGUUACCAAGGAGAAGGAGAAAUUGGGGCUUGUGGAAACCAGCUCCGCCUCCCCCCAUGUCACUCACAUUACUAUCCGCCGGUCCCGGAUGUUGGAGGACGGCUAUGAGCAGCUUCGGCAGCUUUCCCAGCAUGCCAUGAAGGGCGUGAUCCGUGUGAAAUUUGUCAAUGACCUCGGGGUGGACGAGGCAGGGAUUGAUCAAGAUGGUGUUUUCAAGGAGUUCUUGGAAGAGAUCAUCAAGAGGGUGUUCGACCCCGCACUCAAUCUGUUCAAGACAACCAGCGGGGACGAGAGGCUCUACCCCUCACCCACGUCCUAUAUCCAUGAGAAUUACCUGCAGCUCUUUGAGUUUGUGGGAAAGAUGCUGGGGAAGGCGGUGUAUGAGGGCAUUGUGGUAGAUGUGCCCUUCGCCUCCUUCUUCCUGAGCCAGCUGCUCGGGCACCACCACAGUAUCUUCUACAGCUCUGUGGAUGAACUGCCUUCUCUGGACUCAGAGUUCUAUAAGAACCUCACUUCCAUUAAGCGCUAUGACGGGGACAUUGCCGACCUGGGCCUGACACUGUCGUACGAUGAGGAUGUCAUGGGUCAGCUUGUUUGCCAUGAACUGAUUCCUGGAGGGAAGACCAUUCCUGUUACAAAUGAAAAUAAAAUUAGCUACAUCCACCUGAUGGCACAUUUUCGAAUGCACACACAAAUAAAAAACCAGACAGCGGCCCUCAUUAGUGGAUUCCGUUCCAUCAUCAAACCCGAGUGGACCCGAAUGUUCUCAACCCCUGAGCUACAGCGUCUCAUCUCCGGUGACAAUGCUGAGAUUGAUCUGGAAGAUUUAAAGAAGCACACAGUAUACUACGGUGGUUUCCAUGGAAGUCACAGGGUCAUUAUCUGGCUCUGGGAUAUUCUGGCCUCUGACUUCACGCCCAACGAGAGAGCCAUGUUUCUGAAGUUUGUCACCAGCUGCUCCAGGCCCCCGCUCCUGGGAUUUGCCUACCUCAAGCCUCCUUUCUCCAUCCGCUGUGUCGAAGUGUCAGAUGAUCAGGACACUGGGGACACCCUGGGCAGCGUGCUCCGGGGCUUCUUCACCAUCCGCAAGCGGGAGCCGGGCGGCCGCCUGCCCACCUCCUCCACCUGCUUCAACCUGCUCAAGCUGCCCAACUACAGCAAGAAGAGCGUCCUCCGGGAGAAGCUGCGCUACGCCAUCAGCAUGAACACCGGCUUCGAGCUCUCCUAGCUCCCACCCUGCCCGCCUGCCUGGCAGACCCAAGGGCCACCUGCAACCUUCAGCUCCAGGCAGCAGCACGCCCCUGGGAACAUGACCCACAAGCAGGUGACCUCGGCGCCAGGUCCUCUCUAUAGCCAUGAGACUCCCCUGUGGCCUCAGGAUCUUUGGAUGCUCUGACAGCUCUACACAGCCUUCUCCAGGUGACACUAACGGGAGGGAGUGUUGAAAAUAAACCUCCAGAUUCUGCCAGCGCUGGUCCUUUGUUCCUACUUCCAGCGGCCUGAAGCCCAGGCAGGCCCGUGAUUGCAAAGGAGUUUCACUUUCUGAAAAAAAAGUGGUCUUUUGUGAGUCUUUGUUUUUUUGACUUUCUGAGUGAGCUGUGCAUGAACAAGUCCCAGAACUCCAGGGGUCCAGAGUGGUUUUCAUACAUGGAUGGGCCUGAGUGCACGAAGUUACCACGCAGAGGCGCUCUCCUUCCGUUUCUGAACACUCUUUACUCAGGUAAGGCCUGGCCAAGCCUCUAUGCACCCGACGAAGUCUCUGUCUCCGUCCCUCCACAAAACCUCUUGGCAGGCAGCCUGGCCUGCCGGCUCCCCAGGGAAGCAGAGGUGCCACUGGGGAGGCCGGAGGACUCGCAGGCCCAUCUCGAAGCCACACAUUCCACAUGGCGCCAGUCCCUCUUCCCCACUCUCUCAGAUGCUCUGAGACCUCAGCAGGCCAAGCUGCCAGGGAGCCUCCACUGGCUUGUUCGGUCUUAGGCAUUCACCUUGGCUUCCUGAGUUUGAAGGAAUACCUGUUGGUCCUUAAGAGCAACUCCGUUUCCACAACGCACUGGCUGUUACCACAGCCUGCUGAUUCCGAAGCGGCCAGCAGCCUUUCCUGCUUGCGUGCCUGCUUGGUAUCUAGCAAGGAACAAACACUAGCCUGAGGCACCCGUCCCAGCCAGGCAGCAGUUUUACUCCAUAGACUGUAAAACCUCAAGACUCUUCAGUCUUGCCGCCCGUCCCCCUCUGCCCGGCAAGCAGGUGGCCUUUGCACUGAUGGCGGCUUACCAAGCCGGGGGAGUCACAUGCCCUUUGGGUGGCUUGGUCCUUUUUACUUUGGUUUCUCUUCCAACUCCUUGUACUCCCCUACCCUCUUCGGUUCCUCGAAGCUCUCUCCUGAACGCCGUGCGUGCACAGAGCAGGUUUCUAAGUCUUGCCGGGGCCUCACAUAACCAUCUACCCACACAAAGAAGCCCAGUCCCAUCUUGAUUUUUAUUACCCGAGAAGCAGCCGGUAUGGGAGGGAGAGAGCAGUUUCUCAGCACCAAUAUCAACUUUAUUUGGGCUUUUUUGUAACAAAGAGGGUAGUUUGUAAUUUCAUUUAAAUUCUUUUCAAUAGCUGGAAUUAUUGCACUAUCUAAAACACUGAAUCUGUAUUUUUAUAGCUGGUGUUCGACACCUCGAUGGCUCUUGAUGGCUCUAAAAAGUUGUGGGUUUGUUUGUUUCAUAGAUAACUUAUGUUUAAACGUGAUCAAAAGCUUUAUUAAAUUUGUAUUUCAGCACAUGAUGGCUGUGUUCUGCGUUUUAUCCUCCGAACACGUGCCCAGCUAGCUCAAGAGGGGGCGCCUGGGGCAUAGGCCCCCACAGUGGGAAGACAGGAUCGUGAAUUCCAAGUCUCGCUCGCUGGCCAGAGUAAACAGUGGUUGACAGUUUGUCAGAUUUGCGCAGCCUCUUUAAGAAGUGACACACUUCAUAUAACAUGGAAGUCACCCUACACACCACCCAUGCCUCGUCCUCUCACCCGCUUCCUGGAGGGCAGCCAUCGCCCCAGAUUACCUGUUCACACAAAUGCGUAAAAGUGAUAGAUAUCUGUGGGGAAAAAUCCACAUCAUCCCAGAGUGCGUGAAGUCAAAUCUGACAGCAACAUCUGGGUACACUGGGCCUUUCUCCCUGACUGAGGAGCCUGCCUGCAGGACCCAGAGCCCACCCUUACUCCAUGAGACAAGCCAGCCCCACACUCAGCAGAGAACCUGUGUCAAACCUCCUGGGAGUUCUGCCUCCUCCCCAGGCCAGGCCUCUAGUGCCACCCACCUGGCUUGAACCAGGGAUUCAGGAAAGAGGUCUCAAGAGCUAGUAAAGCUCGCAGAAGCUGAGGAUGGACUUCAGAGUCACACUGACCAGGUCCCAGUGCUACCCUUGGUGCUCUGACAACUCAUGUAAUCGAAAGCCCCUCAGAACCUUCCUGUCCUGCCUGGCAGAUGGGCCAAUUACAUUUCCGGAGCCCAAGGUCCCUGCGUGGAUUAAACGUGACUUUUUAUGCACAGGGCUGAGCACAGUGCUUGGGCCUGGGUGCAAGCUCAGGGGAGUUAUUGACACCUCCACUCCUGCCUGUGGUCUGGCUGCUU